AUGUUUAAGUAAUUGUUAGUGGCAUGGCUGCUAGUCAGCGUGUCUUUACAGUUCAAAACUUCUGCGAGAAUGCAGAUUACUCCACUAGAAUCUAUUCUCUCAAUAGACCCAUCAGGUUGGACAUGUGAAAACCCUGGAUACAAGGAAUAAUUGGGAGCAUAACAUGACAUUGAUUAAUGGAUUGAUAUAGUCAAACACAAGGAUGGAUUUGAUGGUGAUUUACAAGUUUUAGCUAUGGUGAAAGCUCUAGUUGAUAGAGUAUUAUUGACAGUUUAGCAUAUUUAAGAUGGAUCAUUUAUUUAAGUUAAAUAGUUGCAUCAUUAAAUAUCCAAGCAUUUUAAAUCAUUAUCCUAGAUAGAGUCAACAUCAAGUUGGUAUGAUAUUAAUGAUAUUUUGGGAUAUUUGGAAGUGUUGAACAAAGCAAAAAGUAAAUAACCAUAUAAAUAUUUUAGGUGAUGAAGAUAAAUUAUAACUUGCAUAAACAAUAGCCACAAAGAUUUCAGAGUUGAUUUAAUAAAUAACUGAGAUCUAAUUAUAAUUGAAUACAAUUCCAGUUGAUAUAGAUUAAUUAUAUGAUCUGGCAACAAGAGUGAAUGAAAAGACAUCUUAGUGUAAAGAUUAAUGGGCUUCAUAAUUGGAAGCUGAUGCUAAAGCCGAAGAAGAAGAGAGAAGAAAGGAAUAAGAACAAGAAGAAGCAAGAGAGAGAGCUGAACAAGAGGCUAGAGAGGCAGCAGAAGCAGCCGCUGAAGAAGAAAGAAGAAAAGAGGAGGAAGCAAGAGAAUUAGAAGAACUUAAAAAUAGAAUUGAUAUUACACCAGAAGAGGCUGAAAAAUUAGAAUAAGAAGCUGAAAAAGAAUUAGAAUUAGCAGAAGAAUUAGAAUAAGAGGCAGAAGCAGAAUUAGAUUCUGCUAAGUAGGCUGAAUAAGAGGCAGAAACAGAUGCUGAAAGAGAUGCAAGAGAGGCAUAAGAAGCUGCAGAAAAGGCAGCUGCUUCAUAAUAAGCUUUGGAAGAUGCUUAAAAUAAAGAGGAAGAAGCUUGUUUGGAUGCAGAAGAGGCUUAGAGAAGAUUGAAAGAAGCUUAAGAAGCUGCAGAAGAGGCAAGAAAAAGAGCAGAGGAAGCAGAGAGAUUAGCUGAAGAAGCUAAAAAGGCUAAAGAAUGUGAACCUGUUCCUGAACCUGAAUCAGUAGCAGAAGAAGAGGAAGAAGAGGAAGAGGAAUUUGAAUGGGAAUCAGAAGAAGAAGAUGGUUGUGGAGAUGAUGUUUUGGAAGAUUUGAUUGAUACAUUAAUUGAUGCAGCAACAGGUCCAAGUGCUUAUCAACCAAGUUGUGGAUAUCCAGGAUGUUAAGAAUAACCAAUCAUUAUUAUUGUUGAAGAUGAUGAGGAUGAACCUAAGCCAUAACCAGAACCUUAACCAGAACCUGAACCUUAACCUGAACCUGAAGAAGAAGUUGUUGUUGUUGAAGAGUAACCAGAAGAGGAAGUUGUUAUUGAACCAACACCAGAUGAUGAAAAGGUUGAAGAAUAAGAAGAAACUGUAGAAGAAAUUGUUGAAGAGAUAGUAGAAGAGAUAGUAGAAGAAAUUUUUGAAGAGAUUGUUGAGGAGUUGGUUGAAGAGGAGGAAGAUGAUGAUUUUGGUAGAUUAGAAUUCCCAGAUGAACCAGAAUUAGAAUAACUUGUUUAUACUUUAGAUGAGAAAACUGACAGUGUUGUUACAUAAGAAACUUCACCUUGGGAAAAAGAAGUUGAAGAUGGACCUGAUAGCAGAAUUAAGAAAUCAGUUGAAUAUAGUUAUGGUUUGUGGACAUAUUUUAGAUAUAAUGGAAAGGUAAAGAUUUCAGAAAAGAAAGAAGUCUUGGCAGUUGGAGGUUUAAGUGGAGAUGACACUAAUAGAUUAGUGACAACAAUAGGAGAAGGAUUCUAUAAUUUCUAAGUAUUUGAGGGAGAUGUUGUAACUGAAUUAUAAUUAGAUUAUGGAAAGUAUUUAGAUGCUGAAUGGAUUUAUGUUUAUUUCGGAUAUAAAGAAGGAAAGGCUAAUGGUUAUAUAUAUUGGGGUAGAACUUAAGUAAUUAAGACUGUUACAUUCACAGUUACAUAACCAGCUAUUGUUAGAACUAUUAAAUUCUAAUCUGGAAUUUGGAAGGGAUUCAAAGGAUUCAAUGGAAUCAUCACCAAUGUUAGAGUUGUUUUGAAUAAGAAUUCAUUUGUAGAGACAGAGGAAGAAAUGAAAACAUUGAUUGAAACUAAAUACACUGUUCCAACAGAUCCUGAUUUGGAAUAUAAGGAAGUAUAACAUUAUGAUAAAGUCGAAUAUGAUGGAUUAGCAACUGAAACUAAAUUCCAUUGGGAUUUAGAUGGAUAUAGAGAAUAUUCAGUAUCUACUUGGUUUAGAUAUGUCAGAAGAACUGAAAAAGCACAUUAAAUUAUAUUUAGAUUUACAUCAAAUGAACCAGAUUCAGGACUUGUUGCUCAUGGACUCAAAGUACUAUCUUUAUGGUAAACUGAAAACAAUGAAUAUGAAUUUUCUACAUAUACAGUAGAGGAGAAGGAUUAAUUCAGUGAUAUUGAUGAGAAAGUCACCAUAUCUUAAGAAUCACAAUAAUUAUGGACUUAUGCAUACUUUGGAUAUAAUCAUGGAGAUUUCUAAUAUUAUAUGGAAUGGCCUGAUAGCAAAGUUGAAAAAUAAUUUAAAGGUUGGCAUGUUGUAGCAAAAUAUUGGGCUUUAUAUUUAGGACAAGGAUUAAGGUAUUUCUUCCAUGGAAAGACUGCCUAUACAACUAUUAGAUUUGGAAAAGGUGCAUGGGGAUAUGCAACAAAUUUUGAUGAUUAUAAGAUUGGUAAAAUUAAAUUAUGGCCUGGUGUAUAACUUAAGACAUAUGAUCCUAAAUGGAUGAAUCACAAAACAGAAUCUGAAUAUGAUACUUUAUUACAUGAAGAACCAGAUUGGGUAACAGAUGGUGUUUAUGAAUAUGGAUUUGGUAUGUGGACUAAAUUCUUCAUCACAAAUCCUUCUAGAAUAUAUGAAAAACCAGAUCGCAUCUUGGUUGGAAGAUUAGGAUUUACAGAUUAAGAUGAAGCUGAAUUUGCAGUCUAUAUUGGAAGAGGAAAUUAUGAAUUCUGGGCUAAUUCAGGAAGACCAGUUAAUUAUGGAAAGAAUUUAGAUGGAUAUUGGAAUUAUAUUUAUUUCAGUUAUUCAAAAUUGAAAUAAAUAGCUGUUGGUUAUGUUAAUUUCAAUAAAUUAAAAUAAGUAUAAAGAACAGUCUUUGAUCCAUUUGAUGCUGAUCCUGCUAAUAAUUAUGUUAGAUUUUAUGUUGGAUUAUGGAAAACUAGUGUUUAUGGAUUUAAUGGAAGAAUAGCUCAUGCAGUUGUUAGAUUUGGUAGAGGAUCAUUUAUCAAUGAAAUAGAAGAAUAUGAGACAUGGAUUGAAUAAUAUAAGGUACCAGUUGAUGAAGAAUUAGGAACAAAAGAUUAUGAAAUUUAAGGUGCAGAUAAUAAAGAUACUGAAACAUAUGAUACUUUUGUUUAUGAAGAUGGAGCAAUUGAAACAGAAUAAUAUUCAGUUUAUGGAUGGUUCAAAUAUUAUGGAGGUUUAGAUGAUAAUGAAGCAUAAACAGUAAUCAGAUUAACUAAUAAUGAACCAGGAUUCUUGAAAGAUGCUGAUUUAUUAGGAGAUAGAACAUUAUCAGUAAUUCAAAAAGGUGGAGAUAUGGAGAUUGGAACAUAUGAUAUUGGAUUCAUUGAUACUGAUUUCAAUCUUAAUAGAAAUACUAAUAUUGCUUUAGGAGAAUAUAGAGGUAUUUGGAUGUAUAUUUGGGUUGGAUAUUCCAGAUAAGAUGAAUAUGCUGGUUGGUUCUUUGGUUUCCCAGAUAUCAGCAAAGGUGGUUUAUUAAAGAAGGUAUUGCAUUUCUCUCCAAAAUACCUUGCUGUAUAUUUCGGAAAAGAUGGAAUUAAUAAGAAUUUCGUUGGUAAAUCUAGACAUGUUCAUGCUUGUUAUGGUAGUACUUAAUGCUGGCACUAUGUUGAUAAGGUUGAAGUAGAAGUUGAUCUUCCAGCUUGGAUACCUUAUAAACUUAAUAAUUACUUUGAAUUCUAUGUUUAAAAUGAUGCUGAUGCUUUGAUUGUUGCUAAAGGUGAUGAUCCUGCUUUAGAUGUUGAAUUUACAGAGACUAAUUUCCCAGGUUCUGAUAUUGAAGCCAUUUAUGAAUAUGGUAUUGGUUUAUGGACAAGAUGGUUAAUGAAUUAUCCAUUUAUAUUAUUAGAGAAAGCUGAAUCUCAUUCAAUAUUUAGAUUCACUACUAAUGCUCAAUAUGAAGAUGCUUAAAAGAAUGGAGAUAGAACAGUAUCAGCAUUUGUUGGUAGAGGGGAGUAUAGAUUUAGUACUUAUGAUGCAGUUCUUGAUAAGAAUGAGAUUACAACAGGAACAAAAUUUGAUAAAGAAUUAGAAGGAUAUUGGAAUUUCGUUUAUUUCUGUUACAAGAGAAUUCCAACAGGACCAAAAGGUAUUGGAUAUGUUUAUCUUACUCAUCAAAAUGUUGUUAAGAGAGUUGAAAUUGAUAGUGCUAAACAUUGGUUAUUGAGAGAUUAUGCUAGACUUGUAAUAGGAAAGAAAGAAUUUGGACAUUCAGCAUUUUAGGGUAAAUUAUUUGAUCCAAGAGCAUUUUUGGGAAAGAAUAGUUACAUUGAUUCAAGUGAAGAUUUACUCAAUAUUGUUGUUCCUAAAUUUAGACCAUAUCCACCUUAUAAAGAUAAAUAAGAUAAUGAACCUGUUUAAGUGGAGAAGGCUAAAAUGACUCAAAGAGUGUUUAAAUAAUAUGAAGAGAAAUAUAGUGGAGUUUUUGAAUACAGUGUUUAUGGAUUUGCUAAAGGUAAUAAAUUAAAGAAUGUAACUGAUUGGACUUCACUUGUCAGAGUCACUCAAAAUACUCCAGAUAUAUAGGCUGAUAAUGAUAAUGCAGGCGAUAGAACACUUUCAAUCUUUAUUGAUAAAGGUGUAUGGUAUUUCAGUACUUAUGAUUAUGGAGAUAUUGAAACUAUAGAUGAUGAUAUUGGUUCAAGUAUAUAUUUAUAUAUAAAUGUUUAGUUGAUAAAAAGUUUGAUAUUGGUAAAUAUUGGGGUAAAUGGACUUAUUUCUAUUUUGGUUAUUCCUUCCAUCUGAAAUAAGCAUAUGCUUACAUUAGAUAGAUUGAUUAGACUUCUAACUCUUAUCUCUUUGAAGAAGUGUAUCAUUUUGUUCCAAACUAUUUGAGUGUGUUCUUCUCUGAAGAUGGCUAUGGAAAAUAAUUUGAUGUAAUUAUCUAUUUUAUUUCUUUAGGGUGAAGCUUUUGAUUGGUAUUUGGGUAUAGGAGAUGGAGCCUUUACUACAAAUCCAGAACCAAGAGAGUGGCCAGUUGAUCCAGCUCCUCCUCCUGAUAGGAUUUUAUCUGCUCUGUUAGCCAACUAAGGAUUCAAUUCAGGAAGAAUUGUUAAGGAUACAUAGUAAUUCUUUUUGCAAAAAAUUGAAUCAUCUAAGUUAAACCAAGAAGAACAAGAAUGAU